AAAGCAUUGAAAAUGUUACGAUUCUAUAGAGAUAUCUCGUGUAUUAUAUUUUUCCAUCUUCUAAAAAAAAGGGGGAAAGAAUUUAAGGGUUGGAUCGACCAAACACACCCUAGUUCAUUCCAAAAUUUCCAAUGAAAACUGGAAAGGAAUAUUGUCAUCAGUUUUUGGAAUUUUUCGAAUUCUGUUUUAGUCUUUGUCAUGACAUUGACUACGCGGUUAUCAAUUUAAACGUGGAACUAACAAUUUGUCAAACUUACGGGUUAAGAACGGUGAAUUGCCUACUACAUAUAACAAAUAAUCAAUGUAAUUGUUUCCGAUUCCGCAUAUAACUUCAUAUACAUACGUUUGUGAUGGAUUGAAUAGUUUUUGAGUGCUGAAAGUGAUACCCCUCCAAAAUAAUAACUGUGCAUCAAUUAAACCAUUGAAAAACCUAUUGAAAUGGAUAACAACACAGCUGCGCACGACAUAGUUUUUACAUUACCUUCACCAACAGAAACUUAAUGUUUUUUAAGUUGAUUUUAAAGCUAGUGAGCUUAUUUUAACAAACCCCAAACUACAAUGGAACUAUUAAAGUUAAUGAUGUACAAAAGUGAAUUUUUAAGUAGUUGCAAGAAUGAAGAACGCGUUCCACCAAUCAAUUUGGAUCAGUUACCAGUGUUUUUGCUGUCAACAAUUCCAAAAUGUGGAGGAUGUCAUGAGCUAAUUUUGGAUCGAUUUAUAUUGAAAGUUCUUGAAAGAACGUGGCAUGCGCAAUGUUUACAAUGUAGUGAAUGUAAAACUCAACUUAACGACAAGUGCUUUGCUCGAAAUGGUCAACUUUUUUGCAAAGACGACUUUUUUAAAUAUGGAACUAAAUGUUCGGCGUGUGAUCUGGGCAUACCUCCCACACAAGUUGUCCGGAGAGCACAGGAGAAUGUUUACCACCUGCAAUGUUUUCUAUGUGUUAUGUGCUCGAGAACUCUUAAUACUGGGGAUGAAUUCUACCUUAUGGAAGACCGGAAAUUAGUUUGCAAACGUGAUUAUGAAGAAGCCAAAACAAAAGGGCUUUAUUUGGAAGGAUCGUUAGAUGGAGACCAGCCAAACAAAAGACCUCGCACAACAAUUACAGCAAAGCAAUUAGAAACGCUUAAGAAUGCUUAUAAUAGUAGUCCGAAACCUGCACGUCACGUACGAGAACAACUAUCUCAGGACACCGGCCUUGACAUGAGGGUUGUGCAAGUUUGGUUCCAAAACAGGAGAGCAAAAGAAAAACGCCUGAAAAAGGAUGCAGGUCGCACUAGAUGGAGUCAAUAUUUCCGAUCAAUGAAAGGAGGGGGUUCCCCGCGAACUGAUAAGUUCCUUGAUAAGGAUGAAUUAAUAAAAGUGGAUUAUGAUAGCUUCAGUCACAAUGAUCAGAGUAAUGACAGCUAUAGUACGGUUAAUCUGGGACUUGAAGAAGGUGCUUCUCCACACAGUGUAAGAGGAUCCUAUACGCGGGGCAGCGGAAGUCCCCAUAUAUACCCACCCAACAACUCACCUCCAGCUAUUGGAUCUGGCCAUUCUUUUGGAUCAUACUCCGAUAAUAUCGUUUACACACAUUUAGGCCAUUCUGUUAAUUCCAUAGCAAAAGGUUCUAGAAAUCUUCACGUUGUCCCAGGAAGUGGUAUAUCCGAUUUAAGUAAUGACUCCAGCCAAGCACAAGGAUAUCCCGACUUUCCUCCUAGCCCUGAUUCAUGGCUGGGUGACUCAAGUAGUGCCAAUGCCACUUCAUCGACACCCGCUGUGCAAUACUGAUAUACAAGAGUAAUGGCGAUGAUUUAAAUCUCACGCGCUACCCUAUUCUCAUCUUUAACAUAAAGCCUGUAGAAUAAUAAUUGAAUAUAAUUAUUUUUCACCUCUUUUUUAUUGGAUGAGAAAUUGUGUUAUAGCUACCAACUAUCUUUUAUCUAGUGAUGGGUACCUCAUACAUGAGGCAAUACAAAUGUCCCAUACAGCACUCUGAAAUGUCCCAUCACCUCAAAGCAAAAAAUGUAUUAACUCACACCUCUCUUUACUCUUUCGUUUCCAGAAAAAACUUAUUCGUAUUUCUCUCUGUCUCUUCUCAUGAUGAUGAGCAGAUGAGGAAUGAAAUUGAGUGUAUGAGGAAAAGGAAAAUCAUCAAUGUACCGCGCCACGAAAUGUGUGUACAUAAUGUAUGUGUAUGAAGAAAUGCAUGAAGAGUAAAGAGUACCAAUGUUUUAAAAUGAAAAAUAAAUAAAUGUAUGAGGUUUUGUGUUAUGGGACAUUUGAAGUAGGUACGUAUUUUGAGGGGAGAAAAUUAGAAGUAAUGAGGAGGAGGACGUGACGUGACGUUUGUUUUUUUUUUUUUUAAGAAAGAAAACGAGGAGGACAUACGUCAAUGUACUAAAAUGAAACCAAUAAUAAAAAUAUGAAAAAG